AUGAUCACCACCCCCCCUCAUCCCCUCCACCGUCUUCCUUUGCCGCCCAAGCAUGCUCCUCCUCAACCCAAGCCCCCCAAGCCGCGCAGCGCCGCCAAGGAGAAGGUGAGGGGACAAUUCGAUGUGGCGGUGCUGGUGGCGGUGCUGGUUAUCCGUGCCAUCGAGGCUACCGCCGAGGCUGAAGAGCGGGGUGUUUACAGGGACCAUCGCGCCGCCGGGCAGAAGAAGCACGUCCAGGUUGUUGGUGCUUUUGGAAUCGGUGGGGGGGGAGAGGAGGGGCCUUGCUGUGAGAAGCACGCCUUCCAGCUGGAGAGGAGCGCGGCGCACAGGUUGGAAGAGCGCGUGAAGGAGACAUCGAGCAAGUGUGAGCUGUACAGGAAGGAAAGAGAGGAUCUCGAGGAGGACAUGAGACAGAGAGGGUGUGACAUGGACAAGUUUGGUAAAUUAGACAACAGCGAAAAAACGAUCGCGGUAAUUGGGGAUAGAUGGUGGGCACAAGAGGCCGUAGAGGACGGGAAUAAGAUGUGCAAGGAAUUUUUAUGUAGUUUGUGGCAGAAACGUAAAGAGCUCCCAAAUGUUGGUGGUGUCUCUAGUAGGGGUAGGAACGGUGCUCCGUCUCGAAAGGGACGCGUGGUCGAUGGUCAAAUGACUACGGCAAGCAACAAAUGA